AUGCUGACUGAUUUUUCUUCCUUCUUUGAUAAUUUCGAAGUAGUUCAUAAAAUCAAACAUAUAUGGUCUAAGUUUCAGCUUUCAUAAUAUGAAGUAAAUUAAAAUGCUAAUAACCCUAGAAUGAUUCAAUAAUCUUUGAAUCUGUGUGUCAUAAAAUAAGUAGAAAAAAGAAAUAACUCAAACCUAUCUCAAUUUAAUUAGGAUAAGAAUAUAUGUAUGUUUUUAAAAAUAAAAACCCUGUUGGAAUGUUAUAACUAACAGUAGUUAUAAUGAACAUUUAUAAAACUGAUUAUGGAAUGGCUAUUAGAUUAUAAAGAAAUGGAUAAUAUGUUGAUAUUAUUACACAGGAUGUUAAUAUUCUCAAGUAACUAUUGUAAUACAAGUGUCUACAAACUACAUUUCAUGAUGAAUUUAGUGUAUCUAAAAUGAUAGGAAAAGGAAGCUUUGCUAAAGUUUAUCUAGCAGCCAAAAAAUCUUCAGGGAUCUAAUAUGCAAUAAAGGCAUUCAAUAAAGAGUUCAUGCUUGAAUAAUUUAAAGGAAUGGAAAGUUUAGAGAAUGAGAUAAGAGUUAUGCGUAGAUUAAAUUAAGAAAGUCUUGUACAUUUAUAUGAAACAUAUGAAACAUAAAAUUCAAUAUAUUUUGUUAUGGAUCUUUUAUAAGGAGGUGAAUUAUUGACUAGAGCUCAAGCUCAUCCAUUUUCAAGUGAAUCUUUAUAAAAAUUGAUGUACAAUUUUAUUAAAGCACUUGUACAUAUUCAUAGCAAAAAAUGUAUUCAUCGAGAUUUAAAACCAGAAAAUUUAUUAUUAAAAACUAAAGAAUCUUCAACUGAUAUUGUUAUUGCAGAUUUUGGAUUAGCAACUUUUCUUAAUGAGGAUAUCAUAUUUAAAAGAUGUGGAACUCCUGGAUUUGUUGCACCUGAAAUCUUAACAUAUAAGGAAGGUGAUCCUUUUUAUGAUGAUAAAUGCGAUAUCUUUAGUGCUGGUGUUAUAUUCUAUAUCCUACUUACUGGCAAGUAACCUUUUUAAGGUUCUGAUUAUAAAACAAUUUUAAGAUCAAAUAAGAAUUGUGAUAUUAAUUACAAUUUAAAGUAAAUAUAGUAGGUAUUAUAUAACAUUCAUAAGUUUAGUCUUCAUAAAAAUUAUAAGACUUGUUAAGAAAAAUGCUUCAGUAAAAUCCAAAAGAUAGACCUAAUGCUGAAACCUGUUUAUAACAUCCUUAUUUUAAAGAACUUUUUAAUCAAAAAGAUUUAAUUGAAAUUCAAUAAAAUUUGAUUGAAUAUGAACUUGAAAAUAAAAAUAGAAUAUUAAAGAAAGGUAGUUUUGAUAGUCAAGUUGGUUCAAUGGAAUUAAUAACUAGAUCUCCUGUUCUCAAUGGUCAUAUUGAUACAGUUGGAUCAUUAUCUAAUGGUUCACCUUUAGAUUCAUCAAGUCGUUUGGAAAAACCAUAAUAAUAAUUAUAAUAAUCUAAAUUUAGUUAAUUCUGUUAAAAUAUGAAGAAUGUUUAACAAGAUUCUAAUAGUAGUUCUCAAGCCUCUCCUUAAAAUAAAAAAAAUGACUCUUAGGAUCUUCAUAAAUUUGCAUUAAAAAACUCAUAUUAGAAAAAACAAAUGAGCAAAGAUGAUGAUUUUAUUAAUGAAGAAUAAACACAAUUAGAAGAUGCCAUUAAAAAAUUAAAUUCUUAAACACCAAAAAUUGGACUAUUUAAAAAGAGUUCAUCCUAUAAGGUACCCAAAACAACAUAGGAAUGA